UUGGAAGUCCUGAGCGUCCGGGAGAAACGGAGGCGGGGCGGAGCGGGUCCAAGAGAGACUCGUUCACCGAAAAUAAACCUGCAUGAGGGGGGAAAACGACUGCGAGGGAGGAGGAGAAAGAAGAAGCAGCGAAAGAGUGCAGGGGGAAACAUACGGGAGAGCAAAGAGAGAGAGAGAGGGGAGUGCCUGCGUUUGCAGCGGAUUAAAAACUGCGCAAUUUCCAAACGCGCAUCUCCUGCUCAGAUCAAACUCGUGAGUGGACGUGAGGGACUCGCGCCGUGGCACCACAUCCUCGCCUGGCCAAAACCGCAUCAUCAUAUUAGCAGACCACAGAGAAGUCGCGAGAUGCGUGCGUGCAUUUUUUUGGAGGAAGACUCUGGAACAAUUUUGCGCGCUGAUGUUUGUGUCACAUCUUCUCCUCUUUACAGUGGUUUCAUAACGCAGCUGCGCCGACAUUUUACAGUGUGCGAUUCAAAUGUGCUCAUGUGUGACAUGAUGAAGGUGCUGGCGGAUCGCGCGCAGUGCCGUUCAUUCACCGCGCGAGGCAAAAGAAACUGCGCAGUUGCUUAUUUAGCUUGCAUUUUUUACCAUGAGGACAUGCGAGAAGAAGAAGCCACCUCCCAGUUUGACACUCCGUGCAUUAGCAGAGUUUGUGAUUUCACCGUGGCUGAGAUUUGGUUGGCCAACAUGAGAUUCUCUCUGGAACAGUCUAUAAAUCACAGGUCCAGUGAAAUGGCCACAGGACCUUCUAUCAGCCAAUGGAGGAGGAAGAUCAAGACGCAGGUGGCUGGAUGUUACCUGUGGCGGAGUGGGUGGAGAGGACUGAGACUCACUCACUACUCCGGAAAGAAAGAUUAGGAGAUGGCAGGAGAGAGAGACGGAGAGAAUGCGACAGGAAGAGGAAGAGUAGAGAGAGAAGAGGUUCACAGAAGAAAGAAAUUGAUUCGGGUUUGGAGUGACAUGAGGAUCCCGUCUAACUUUUGGGAGCGCUAGUGGAGACGCAAGCUGAACGAGUUUUACUACUAAGGCAAUCUACGACCACCGAGUCAGCUGAGAUGAUCGUCUGUUGGUGCUAAACCCUAAUUCUUCUGACGUUUGAGAAGUGGUGCUAGAUGCUUAUUUAACAGUUGGCAGGAGUAGCAGUAAACAGCUUCUCCUUCUUGUUGGUGAGUGGCCCUCUCUGUUUUGCAGUGGAGGGCUUCACACUCACAGCUAGUGUGGCUGGAUGCAUCACACAGCAGAACAGUUCACCGGGUGCAGCACACGGGACCCUUUUCCUCUGGACGGACUCAACCGGGGACCAUGGGCUCCCGUGGGCAGCCGCGCCUGGCCACCUCCCUCCAGGUGCAUACAAGGUGUCAAUCAGCACCAGUUCCUCCCCCAUAUGCCACCUAGUCACAUGACUGGGCUAAAUCAUCCUAGCAAAUUCUUAAACAAUGGUCCCUUACAUCGAGGAGAUAAGCAAGACCUGGCUCAGGCUUUGUUGCCAGGAUUACAAAGGAUACCCCCUGCUCCUCCCAGGCCUUGGGAACCAACCAGAACUGGCCAGGGAUAUGAGCCAUUGCCUGGUGAUAACCACAACCGACUGCACAAUGGCUACAAUGCAGGACCUCCGGCACACCUCACAGCUCGAGCCAAUCAGCUACUGAAGUACGGUGCUCCUCUUCCUCAGCUCUCAGCCCAUGGCUCGCGGCCCAUGCCUCCAUUACCUGAUAUGUGGACUCAACCUCAGACUCAGCAGCAACCCAGGGGACAUCAUUCUCAUUCUGGACAGUUAAAACGGCCUGGGCCCCCUCUUGGAGAGCACUCUGUCAUUCAGCAUACCCCUGCUCCAUCUCUGCUACGACCCAUGGAGGACUGCCCCAGUCCGAACAAGAGAAAGAAGAGCUCUGGGUGUGAACAGACGCCUCAUUCCGCCCUGCAGCGCAUAUCCGGGCCACCUGCACAUUUGAAUCAGCAGCCAUCCUCCAAUUACCCCCCACCCAAACCUGGCUUUUGGAACCCAUUGCACAAAGGUGGAGCUCCAUGGAACCCGAAUGAACACAAAAGCGGACCCAUUGAUUUCCAGGAUUCAGCUAAGUCAGGAAUUGGAAGCUACCCCUAUAAACUGCCUCCCUUGAAUCCAUCAACCACGUCUUCAUCCACCAUUCCUAACACAAGAGGCUACGAAGAAAGCAGGGGUCCUCCACCACAGUCCCUCAAGACUGCUCAGUCGCCACAGUCUCUGGGACCACCUUCACAGAACCAUCACAUCCACCAUUCUACAUACUCCUACCCCAACAGCAGACCUUCAGCCCAGACCCAAGUGGAACCACAUGGUACUACUUCACAAAGAGGACAUGAUUCUGCAUUGAGUUCUUUGAAUAAACAGACUCCACCACCACCUACAUCCUCAUCAUCACCACGGGCAGGUGGGGAGCGCCCUGCACCCUCACCAGCAAACCACACCUCUGUGCCUUACAGUCACCCCCAAUUCCAGCCUCACCCAGGGCUGGUCCAUUCCAGCCCACCAGCCAGAAACCAGGCCCAGGCCACAGUACCUCAGCACAACUCCCAUAAACCCUGGAGGAACCAGGAAUCACGUGACUUUUCAGCAAGAGGGGAUUCUCAGGUUGCCGCACGCCUUUCUCAGGCACCGAAUAGGCUUGCUCGGGGCAACCAGGGUCCAGGGACCCCCCAGCGUGUGAGCCCUCCUCAGGCCCCUCCUCGAAAACCUGUCAUUACCCCAAACCUAGAAACUCCUCGUCCACCUUGCUCUCUGGAACUAUACACCAAUGUUGGAAGCAUCCCUGCCACAAACUCCGCACCCUCUACUGCCUCCUCCAUUCCCAGUACCCUGAGCAGCUGGAGAGCAACGGAUUCCUCAGUGUUAAUCUCAAACCCAAACCAUGUAUCCAUGAUUGGUCAAAAUGUAACACAUCCAGGGUAUCAGGGUGUCCACUCUGGUGUUGAAACCCUUGCAAACCCACAUAGAGGGGCACAAUCUCAGAUUCAGUCCACUCUACCCCACACAGGACAAGGCAGACCUAACUACACCCCAGUGUCCUCUUCUCCCUCCACCCUAAACUCAGGUCUUCAGAGAUCAGGGGAGAGCGUCAUCACCAGCAAGACUUCUCAACACUUCUUCAACACUCUCCCUCAAGUCAGUUCACCUUUACAUUGCCCUCAACCUCCAGAACACAUAAAGGUCAGCUCAGCCCUCAAGACAAUUUCUAGUAAUUCAUACAACUCGGCACCUAUCCAAGCUUCCUCCUCAAUUUCUCAGGCAACUACUACUGUUCCAGCCCCAAUAUACCCAAGGUCCUGUUUGCAGCCUGCUGCCCCAAGCUCUCAGUCCAUUGUUGAUGCUUUGAAUAAACUUGAUGCAGAGCUGCAAGGCCACAUGCAAGCAGAAGAGAGAAGGAGAGACCAGAAGGAAGAGAGAAAACGGAAUGUAGAACGACAAGAAAUGGAGACAAAGCCACACGGUGAGUCUGCCAUCAAGAGUCUGGAACGUUUGCUGUCAGGUAGUGCAGCUGAGCCUCCACCUCUGCGUUCGUCUCCAGCCAAUGCACUCUCCUCCAUCUCACCUCCUAGCCAGAAUUCACCACCUUAUACCUGGUUGAGUCGAGGAGGAGUGCCCCCACAACCACCUCCCCUCACCCCACAGACAGAAUAUGCCCGUGAGAAGCAAAGGCAGAGAGAGAAAUGGAAGAGUGGAGCACCGUCUCAGAAUUCCACCGGGAAUCCCACAUACCCCUCAGAGUCAGGUCUCAUCAGCCCCUCCAACAACCACAGCCAUACCAUGCAAUUGAAACCUAACCCAUCCAAAGAUGUCACCAUGUUGAAAACCUCUCGUAAUGCUGAGAUUAUAAAUGCAAUUCCCAACCCUCCACCCCUGCGAGAGCCACCCAAACUUUACCAGGCUUUCCCCAUGGAUGUUCGCUCUUCAUGCAUACCUAUUAGCACGACUACAAGCAGCCUUCAAAAACAUAUGCCCAAUACAGGACUUGGUAGUUUGGGUAGCAGUGCUAGAAGUUGCAGUGGUGACUCUGAUGGUGCCCAGUUUGAGGAGGAAACUUCUGAGCUCUUGCCUGAUGGAUUGGCUAACAUUAUGAAGAUGCUGGAUGAGUCCAUCAAGAAAGAGGAGGAGUUGUAUUCUGGCCAGAGCGGAGAACAGGCAGUACCGAAACCUCCAUUUUCUACAAAUGUGGCACCUAUGAAGAGUUAUUUGUGUGCACCAGACCUCAUGCCUGCCCUAAAGCAAUCUCCAACUGAGGAUUAUCAGCCAGAUGGCCAUGCAAGCCCACCUGUGUUAAGUCGGCAGGGUUCACUGGCAUCUCCUUGUAGUCGUACUUCUUCACUUGAGGAAGAAGAGGAGGUUCUUAAGGUCAUUCCCAAGCCUGCCAAUUCCAUUAGCAUGCAGUCUCAAGAAAGCAAUCUUGCCACAACAGGAACCAACUAUCGCCAUAGUGACUUGGCCAAGCUGUAUGGCUUUCCAGAGGUAGAGAAAAGUGAGUGUGAGGAUGAUGAAGAAGUAGAUCGGGAUGAAGAUGAAACUCCAUCCUGUUCGCCACCGCCACAGCGGCCACACCUCCAUCACACAGGCAUGUUUAAAAACCAUACAUCUGCACAUGAGAGCCAGAAGUACACCUAUCGAGGUGGACCCUUUGGUCGUCCUCCUCCCUCUGCUCUAACGGGAGUGAAGUACUCUUCAUUUUUUUCUCUGGAGCCUGACAUUUGCAGACAACAACAAAGCACUUCUCCCACAUCCGGUUCAUCUAAUCACCCAGGUUUUAGCAGUCCAACGCAAACCCCUGCCAUUAGCAACUCAGGACAGCCCCGUCCCCUCUCACCUACAGAUUGGGCAUCAGAGAGGAUGAGAGGGGAUACGAUAAGACAGUCAGAUCUUUUGUGCAAUGAUGAUGAGGAAGAUUUUUCAGAGGAAUCCACAGGAGAGAAGGAUUCUGGAACUCUGAAAGACUUGUUGAAAAAACGACCAAUACUGACCACCAUCUCGGAGUCUUCACUAGCGGAGCUUGGUCAUAGCUAUGAGUUGAACAAACACAUACUCCCUCAAAGGCAGAGCUCAAAGGCAGAGUCACAGGAGACAUGCAAACCUGAUAAAGAAAAGGACCGACACAGAGACCGAGAACGAGAGAGGAAACACAAACACAGUAGCAGUAGCAAAAAGCAUGAGGACAGGAAAGAGAGAAAGAAAAAGCACAGAGAAAGACACGAUGAUGCGUCUCUUUCCUCAUCCUCAUCUUCCAGCUCCAGUCGACGGCACAGGGACGGAAAGUCACACAAGGAAAAAAAGAGCAGGCAGGUACUGGGUAACCUGGACCUUCAGAGUAAGGAGUUUAGGGAGAAGGAACAAGACCGUGACGGAGACAAGAAGAGAAGGAAGGAGGAAUGUAGCCGACCCCAGAGUGAAGGAGAAGAGUGGGCACGGAGUAAAGACAAGGGCACCAGCUCUGGACGUUCAUCUGAUCUCCCAUCAGCUUCUUCUGCAUUAUGUUCUGAUGACUUUCAGAAACUGAAAGCACUGACAGAUGGGCCACCCAAAGAACUGAAGAUACGCCUCAUAAAGGUGGAGAGUGGGGACAGGGAGACAUUUAUUGCUUCAGAGGUAGAGGAGAGGAGGAUUCCUCUGGAGGAAAUCACCAUAAAGAACACAGCUAGUGAAAUCAUCAGAGCCUGCAAGGGGGCUCGCAUGAAGGGGAAAUUUAAGGAAUCGUACCUCCUACCUGCACUCUCUGUUAAACCAGUUUUGACCACAGAACCGCCCAUCCCUCCAGAGAAACUCAACCCCCCCACACCUAGCAUCUAUUUGGAAAGUAAAAGAGAUGCAUUCUCUCCGGUCCUGCUACAGUUCUGCACGGAUUCUAAGAACCCCAUUACUGUCAUCCGGGGACUAGCUGGCUCCCUCAGAUUAAAUCUUGGUCUGUUUUCCACAAAAUCUUUGGUGGAGGCAAAUGCGGAGCAUGCAGUAGAGGUCCGGACCCAGGUCCAGCAGCCAGCUGAUGAGAACUGGGAUCCUAGCGGCACUGGCCAGGCCUGGCCCUGCGAGAGCAGCAGGUCGCAUACAACAAUUGCCAAGUAUGCCCAGUACCAGGCCUCCAGCUUCCAAGAGAGCUUACAGGAAGAGAAGGGCAGUGAUAACGAUGAUGAUGAGGAGGAGGAGAAAUCAGCCCCUAUCUCUGAGAAUACAACCAGUGUCUCCUCAGCUCUCAGCUCCAGUUUAGAGCAGAAACCUGUGGGGAAGAUAAUAAAAUUUGGCACCAACAUUGACCUGUCCGAUCACAAAAGAUGGAAGCCUCAGCUGCAGGAACUGCAGAAGUUGCCUGCGUUUAUGCGUGUGUCCUCCAGUGGGAAUAUGCUGAGUCAUGUUGGACACACCAUUUUGGGAAUGAAUACAGUUCAACUCUACAUGAAAGUCCCUGGCUGCCGCACACCAGGACACCAGGAAAACAAUAACUUCUGUUCCGUAAACAUCAAUAUUGGGCCUGGAGACUGUGAGUGGUUUGCUGUUCAUGACAACUACUGGGAGGCCAUCAGUGAUUUCUGUGAAAAGCAUGGAGUCGACUACCUGACAGGAUCAUGGUGGCCGGUUCUGGAUGACUUGUACCGCGCUAACAUCCCUGUGUACCGGUUCAUCCAAAGGCCAGGAGACCUGGUAUGGAUCAACGCAGGCACUGUGCACUGGGUUCAGGCUGUGGGCUGGUGCAACAACAUUGCUUGGAAUGUGGGACCUGUCAACUCUUAUCAGUACCAGUUGGCUUUAGAGAGAUUUGAGUGGAACGAAGUGAAGAAAGUCAAAUCCAUCGUUCCCAUGAUUCACGUAUCCUGGAACGUGGCACGGAACGUCAAAGUCACUGACCCAGACACUUACAAGAUGAUCAAACACUGUCUCCUCCAGUCUAUUAAGCACAUUCAGAUUCUGAGGGACCAGCUGGUGGCGGGAGGAAGUAAGAUUUCCUACCAGAGCAGAGUGAAGGAUGAGCCGGCCUACUACUGUAACGAGUGUGAUGUGGAGGUGUUUAACCUGCUGUUUGUGACCAGUGAGACUGGCAGUCGGAAGAUGUAUGUGGUGCACUGUGAGGACUGUGCACGACAACGCAACCCAAACCUCUCCAAUGUAGUAGUGCUGGAGCAAUACCGCAUGGAGGACCUCAUGAGCGUGUACGACUCUUUCAGCCUGGCUACCAGUUCCAGCUCCCGAUGAGGACGUCUCAUCCUUUUCCCUCACACAGCCAUAACCAAAACUCCUGUUCGCAGGACAAAAUCUUUUAUUUUAGUCCAAUUAAGACUUAAAACAUUUACAGUUGGAAAAAAAAAAAAACUUACUACUGUUAAUAUUUGUUGAACAGCCAAUCGAGAACCAGUUUACUCCGCAUUGUUUACAGAACCAAUCAGCCAAUAAGACUCCAGUUUACUUCUGUCGGUCUUGUGUACCAACCUCUGAAUGGCUCUGCGGGACGUCAAGUGGAACGCAGUUUGGUGCUGUCAUGGCUUACAGCGGCAGAGUUGCCGAGAUCCUGUCUGUUUGGGUUUUGUUCUUGUUUUUGUUUUUUGUUUUAUUUUAUUGUUUUUGUUUUUUUGGAGGGGGGGGGGAUAUUGAAUACUGUAAUGUGUAAAUGCUCUUUGUAUUUUUCGUGGGUGCUUUUUUUUUUUUUUUUUUCUUUUCUUUUCUUCAAUAAUUUAUUAUUUUUAAACCUAGAACAGCCUAGAUAUAUACCACAUUGGCCUUGUGACUUGUAUUUAGUGAAGAGAUAAAAAAUUAAUAAUACUAAUAAUAGAGCUAUGGACAUUUUUCUAAAGCAUUAAGAAUUAAAAGAAAUACAGUUGUUCAGAAUGCUUCAAAACAUACGGGUUUUAAAAGACUUUUUCAGUUUCAGUAUGGAAUGUUGUGUUUAUCAUCAGGACAAGCAUUUUAGGAUUGCAUUUUAAAUCAUUUUUCCUGCAUUUUGUGAGUAUAAUUGUUCAGUUUCAUCUAUUUUGUUCAGUGAAUUGUUUCUCACCUCUAUACAGAUCUAUUCUCUUUGAUUUUUUUUUUUUUUUUUUUUUUAAAUUGUAAAAAUGUUUUAUUUAAAAUGUUCUUCUAUUUAUUGGAUAUAAAAUGUUCUCCCCUGCCUCAACUUGGUUAUCAGAUGUAUUAAGGGUUUCUAUUGUUAGUCUAAAUCCUCUGUAAGAUUUCAAGGGUGCUGAUUCUUUUUGAGUUUCAGGCUUUGAGUUUUGGUGCUUGCCCCUUUAAAUAUCUUUCCUGUCUAUAUAUUAAAUAUCUCAUAACUGACUCUUUGUCCCUGUAGAUUGUAGAGCACAGAGGGUAGGGUUUGCUUAAUCAGAAGUUGUCUGUUAUACACAAAUGAUUUAAAAAGACCAUUUUCCCCACGUAUGUUAACAGGUGACUUGUUUGUGAUCACUGUUCUAUAUUUGAACACCUGCUCACUUGCCAGUUUAAAUAUUUCUUUUGAUCAAAUAAAAGAAAGCUUAAAUACAGGGGCCAUGUUCAUAUGAAUUCUCAGAAUAGACCUGUGCUCUUGGAAUCUCUUGUUCUGUUUUUUGAUUAAGAUGGUGACUUGGACUGAUGUCAGUAAUUCUGAGCCUAGAUUAGCAGCUACUCUGUCAUGAAUUCAGGUUAUUCAUGAAUUGGGGCUAAAAUCAGUUUUUGAUACUCUUACACAUUUAGUGGUGCUUCUGUCCUGUUGUAAAUGCUGUUUGUUUAAGGACACAGUGGCCGUGCUGAAUACAGCAGGCAUAGUCUUUCUAUAUACACAGUAUACAGUAAUCGGCUGCAGUGGGAUGUCAUACUGUAAGGCAAAAAAAUCACAUUGAACUGUAAAUUGCGGCAUUUUACUGGAAUGAGUAACAGUGUGAAAGGGGAUUUAACGCAUUAUUGUUUUUGAUUUAUAUACUGUAAUUUGUUACAGCUUUAGAAGCGUUAGCAUGAAAUAAUUCAUGUAUUAUCAGGAAAAUGGUUUUGAUUAUGAUAUAGAUGGUGCUGAGUUCUUGAGCUACUCUCAAUUUUUUUAAGAAAUAUUUUUCCUGUUGCAAUAUACACACUUUCCUCUUUUUUUUAUUUUAUUUUUGUGGUUAUUUAAAAUCUGCACUGUUUUGGAAUUCACACACGAAGCAAACUGAGCCAGACAUGUCUUAAACACUUUGUGAAUUCGUGUGUCAUUGAUAUGAUUACUCUGAAUAAUAUUAAAUGCUUUUGAUAAACUUU